CUGGUUUGAUUGUAUUGGCUGGAUGAUGGUUUGCUUACUCGGAGCAGGACUGAGUUUGGAGCGGGUUCUGUGAAAUGUGUAACCAUGAUGUUGCCUGGGUAAUCAGCGGAGGACGUUAAGGAGACACAGACACUACAAACAGCUGAAGGCAAGUGAAGCAGGCAGGACAGCCACACCUCAUGCGUGGGCUCGGCAAAGGUCCGAGUGGAUACGGGUCUGACAAACAUGGGUGUGCUCCAGCUCCACAAUCCCACUCACCCCAGCACGCUUCUGCAGCGGGCCAAUCAGAUGCGUCUGACCGGCACCUUGUGUGAUGUCAUCAUCACGGUGGACGGCCAGGAGUUCCCGGCUCACCGCACCGUCCUGGCCUGCACCAGCAAAAUGUUCGAGAUCUUGUUCCACCGCAGCAGCUUACGCUACGCCCUGGACUUCCUGUCCCCCAAGACCUUCCAGCAGAUCCUGGAGUACGCCUACACCGCCUCGCUCCAGGCCACAGCCGAGGACCUGGAUGACCUGCUGUACGCCGCUGAGAUCCUGGAGAUAGAGUACCUGGAGGAGCAGUGCCUGAAGGUGCUGGAGACCAUCCAGGCGGAGGAGACGGAGGAAGUGGCGGCGAGGACCCACAGCUCCGGAGACCACAGCGACCACAGCCGGGCCAGGCACUGGAGGCACAUGUUGAUGUCCAAGAAGCAUUCCAUACAGGAUGGACCCAACCGCAUCACUCCCACCGCUCUGCACCACCUGGCGCUGUACCACAUGAGGGAAGGGAGCUCUCCUGGCCUAGAGCCCAACGCGCCUCCUGAAUUGUGCCCCAAGCUGGACGCGGAUGUCGACAUGGAGAGUUCCCAGCAGCCUCAGCGCCGCAGCGCAGAGUUAUCCCAAGCGGCAUCCCUGGAUCCUGGCAGAAGUAUAAAAUCCGAGAGCAUGCAGGUGGACGAUGCCAACGGCUGCGAGGGCAGGUCCUCCAGCACUGGGGGGGGGAGCUGCGUGUCCGACCAGCCCAGAGACGAGGGCCCAGGGACGCCCCUGAGGGGCAGCGUGAUCACCAGCGCUCGAGAGCUGCACUCAAGCCCUGAAGACGGAGGACAAGUGGUUGGUAACACUCUGGACAGUUUCCCCGGGAUCUCUGAGAAACAUCUGGCCUCCAUAUACUCUGUGCCCUCCAGCCACCCAGGGGAGGGGAUGCUGCCAGUGUCCGUUUCGGUGGCCCCGUCCCUUGGCGUGCCACUGGAUCCGAGGGCCUACAGCGGCCUCCUGCACCAAGGCUUGCUGCACAGGGAGCUCCUCAGCAGGCUGGGCCAGUUUGCAGCAGGGAUGAGGCACGAGGGCCAGACUCAUGGCCAGCAGUGUUGUGGGGAGUGUGGGCUUCAGCUGCACAGCAGGCAGGCCAUGGAGCAGCACAGGAGGCUGCAUAACGAAGAGAAAGGCCACGGCUGUGAAUACUGUGGCAAACACUUCCAGGACAGCAUGCGGCUAAGGAUGCACAUGCUGUCUCACACAGCUCCUGCAGAGGCGCUGGUGUGUGAUCAGUGUGGAGCAACAUUUUCCUCAGAGGAUGCUCUGGAAGCCCACAGGCAAACACACACAGGGACUGACAUGGCGGUGUUCUGUCUGCUGUGUGCAAAGCGCUUCCAGACCCAGAAGGCCCUGCAGCAGCACAUGGAGGUCCACGCAGGCAUGCACAGCUACAUCUGUAGCCACUGUGAGCGCCCCUUCCCCAGCCACACUACCCUCAAAAGACACUUGCGCUCGCACACGGGCGAUCACCCGUUUGAGUGUGAAUUCUGCGGGAGCUGUUUCAGAGACGACGGCACGCUGAGGGGCCAUAAACGCAUCCACACAGGAGAGAAGCCUUAUGAGUGCAACGGCUGUGGGAAGAGGUUCAGCCUCAAACACCAGCUAGAAACACACUACCGUGUACAUACAGGUGAGAAGCCAUUCGAGUGUAAGCUGUGUCACCAACGGUCCAGAGACUACUCGGCUAUGAUCAAGCACCUGCGCACUCACAACGGAGCGUCUCCGUACCAGUGCACCAUCUGCCAGGACUUCUGCCCGAGCCUGGCCGCCAUGCAGAAGCACAUGAAGGGCCACAAACCGGAGGACGUGCCGGCCGACUGGAGGAUAGAAAAGACUUACCUGUAUGUCUGUUACGUCUGAGCAGGACUUGGACCGCACGCACACACACGCUGUUACUGUUGGGUGAAAACCUCGUAACUCCAGUGUUGCUGUUUUUUUCAUGCUGAAAGAUUACAUGUCUCUGUAUGUGUUUAAAAAAAACAAACAUUCAGACUCUUUUUUGGGAUGAACUGAAAAAUGCAUUGUGGGAAGUUGUCGUUCUGGGAGAUGCAAGGUUUUUACCUGACAACAGAGACAUGCAAGCACGAAUCCAAAUGUGUGUACACACUAGGGCUGCAACUAAUGAUUAGUUCCAUUAUCAAUUAGAUUAUUAUUGAUAUGAAUAUGUUUGAUGAUUAUUAUUUUUACUACUAAGUGAUUAAUCGUUUAGUCUGAAAAAUGUCAGAAAAGUAGUCACAUUUUGGUGACAAGGUGACAUCUCAAAUAACUAGUUCUGUCCGCCCAACAGUCCAGUCUGAAGAGAUUCAGUUUACAACGAUAGAAAGCGAAGAAAAGCAACAAAUUCUCACAUUUUGAGAAGCAGGAAACUGUGAAUAUUUUGCAAAAUGACUGAAAAUUGUUGACAAUGAGUUUCUGACGACUUGUUGUUUCGGCCCUAGUGCACACAAGUAUACACAGACACACUCUCCCUCCCUCCCUCCCUCCCUCACACACACACACACACACACACACACACACACACACACACACACACACACACACACACACACACACACACACACACACACUUUUGAUAAUAGCUGUAUGUGUAAUGGAUCCACUGUGGUUAAAAUCUAAGCCACAAUGGCUGCGACUGCUGACCUGUAUGUGUAGCAGGAGCUUUUGGAUUGAUGAGUCAUCUUCUAUGAUUGUGCAGUAGAUGUUGAAAAUAAUUCCACAAAGGCUUGAUUGGCUGAAAAUUGCAACAUUUUCCCUCCUAAAUUCCUGUGACAUCUCACUUUUGUUUUCUGCUGUUGGAUUUUUAUUUUUUUUAUUUUGGAGUUGCUCAUUUUCUGCAUGUUUUACUUGAAUGGCUGCCACGUUUUGACCUCAUAAGCUUGAUCUCUUCAUUAACUGCCUUGUCUUUCUUGCGGUGGGUGUUAUUGUUUCAAGGUAGCUGGCUUACAAUUUGAGUUCCUCUUGCAAUGUAGUAGGUUUUGCUAUUUAUAUGUUGUUUAUUUGUUACCAAAUAUGUGCUGGUUUUCAUCACACCCUCUGUGUCUCUUGGGAUGAUUUCUAGUAGAGCGAGCUCUACCUCUCCUCACUUCUAAUCCCACUGCAAAUCGUUCAGUCAUCGGUAGUUUUAAUUUUCUAACAAAUACAUCAGAAUUUAAAUGGACAAGCAGUGUGUAAAAAAAAAAAAAAACAGCCUCGACAUGGCUUUUAUGUGUAGUUUUUUAUCAUUAACUAUAUAUACAUGUCUUCUAAAAAUCACAGAAUCAGAAUUUUCUAGGAGAAAAUUGAAGAAAACAUGAAAAGAAGUAGUUGUUUUUUUUACAAAACCUGAAAAGAAAAUUCUGACAUUGAAUCACUAUGAGCAGGUUAUUGUCAGUUGUAGUGUAGCUGUAAUGUACAAACUGUCAUGGUAUGUUAUUCCCUUAUGUGAGCCUAACACAGGCCUAAUAGAUUUAAACAUGUUGUAUUUUUGUAUUACAGUAAUUUGCUAUCUGUUUACAUUUGGUAUGAUUUGAGAAACAUCUUAAUGUGUGUUUUAUAAGUCUCUGAUUUGAUUAAGAUCCCUUCCUUGUGCCUCUUUUAUAAGUAGAGCAUUGAUGUGCUUGAGUACAUGGGUCUGUGCUAUUGGUAGUUGUUUCUGGGUGUUUGUUUAUUGUUACUUAAUUAAAGAUAGACUGCCAUGUAGAUCCACUUUGUCUGAACAUUGCAACUGGAAGCAACAUACUGUGAUAGUGGCUGAUACUCUGAGACAAGCGUGUACUUUUUUUCAUCACAAUUGCUUGGAACUUGCAUCAAAUUGUUCCCUUCGAAGUGACAAUGGACUGAGAUCUUUGGAUGAAAACGGUGUGUAUAGCAAAUCUUGGCGUCUGUGGGCAUUACCAAUGCCUUCUUAAGUAGCCAACAACACUCAGUGCCAUGAAAACACACAUUCACUGUAUCUAUUCUACAUGAACAUGCACUAUAAAUGGAUUUCCUUAGUGGACCAAAAGAAACGGAGCACUUUUGUUUGAAAAGGGUUUUUUCUUUGAUCUUUCUAUGUUGUAAUAAUGCAGAUGUCCUUUUAUUUGAUGUGUCCUAGAAGGAUGUGAUUAGCAUUGUUUAGAUUAUGUCAAUGUCUGUCUACCUCAGGGCCAGAUCAAAGCUCGACCUGGUAUCCAAUCAGGGUUGUUCUUCUUGCCAUGUGUGCAGUAAAAUCCCUCUUCAUUACAGCUUUGUAACACAGUGUGUGGAAGUGUUUUCUCAGUGUGGAUUCAGGCACAACUCUGUAUGCGUCAGUGUUCAGUGGCAUGGUUAAAAAAAGAAUAAAACAAUUUACUAUUUUA